AUGAAUGAACAAUUUGAUUUUCGAGCUUUAUUAAUUAAACUUCAGGAUUCUUUAUCAGAUGAUGAUCGACGUCGUCUUCAUUUUCUUGUUGGUGAUGUGAUACCACGACAAAUACGAGAUGAUCCUUCUCUUAGUGGUACAUUAAAUCUUCUUGAAUCACUUUUUGAUCAACAACGAAUUAAUGAACAAGAUUUUGAUUAUCUCAUAUAUGCUUUUGGUGGACUUCGAUGUUAUGAUGCAGUUAAACGUCUCAAAGAACAUCAACGAUAUCACAAACGACAACAUGAAGAUGAAACUAUUCUAUCAGAAUCAGCUAAAGAUGACGCUCAAGAUAAGAUGUCUGUUAUUAAUUUUUCUCGUGUUAUGUCAUCAGAUAUACCAAAGGCACAUGAAUCUAUAACAAUUGAAAAUAAACCGGUAAUAAUCAAUCAACAAAAUAGUCAAAAUAGUUCACAUGUACCAGAAAUACCAAUUAAAUCUGAAGAAAAACUAUUAAAUGUAUAUUUAAAAAAUAUAAAACAAAUGACGAAAUCACGUUUAACAAUUUUUCAACUUGUUCUUUUUAUUUUAAACAUUAUAGACUUAUUAUUGAUUAAAGUAGGCUUUCUUCAUGGAAAUGGAUUUGGUGGUGAUUCUUUUAAUGAUGCAGAAGAUUGUUCAUUAACUUUUAAUGAUAGAUUAAUCGGAAUUACAGCUAGUUGGUCAACAGAUAAACUGGAAUGUAUAACUUUUACUUAUUCAAAUGGUAAAUCAAAACAACAUGGUCGUACAAUUUAUCCAUCUGUAGGACAUACUUAUGAAUUUGAAUUAAAUUCUAAUGAAUAUAUAGAUGGUGUAACAGUUUAUACAGGUAUACGGUGGAUUGUUAAUCGUUUUAAACCAAAUGGAACUUUUCUUGUUGUUGGUUUACGUUUUCAUACAAAUCAAGGACGACAAAGUGAAUUAUUUGGUUCUUCUAAUGGUACUGAAAAUGAUGAAUAUUUACCGAAUCAUACAUUGGGAUAUGUACGAGGUCAAGCAUUUGCAUAUAUUGAUGCACUUCAAUUUAUAUGGUAUAAAGAAAUAUCAAGAACAGCUAGUGCCAUUCUACCAACAUACUAA